AUGGCUUCUACCGGAAAGAUGGAAGUCGACAAGAUCGAAGCCACCAACGCGGCUGUCCAGACAAACUCUCCCAUCCCAACUGGCCACGCCAUGGAUCGUCAGUUCGCAAAGUUCAACAGCUUCAAAUAUUACCGCAAGACCACGAAGCCAAACAACGCAGUCUACAUCAGCCGCCGCGAGAAGAAGGAGAGCUUCCGUCACUUGCGCAGAAAUGCAAUCUCAGGACCCAGUACUGGCCCGAGACCGGGCAGCGGAACGGACUGGUACGAUGUCCCAUCCUCGAUGCUCACCGCCGGGGACAAGCUCCUCAUCGCGACCAACCGUCUUCCGACCAUCGUUCACAUCGUCUUCAAAACUGGCUUCUCCUUCUCGCCCCUCGACUUCAUGAGCAAGGAGGCCGCCACCGAUGUCUGCCGCUACCUCGAGCUCGAGGGCAAGCUCACCAACUUCCAAGGUGAAGGUGGCCGCAUCGCCGACUUCAUGCGCAUGAUUCUGAACGAGUGCGAGCGAUUCAAGUACCAGUUCACCGACAAGACCCUCUUCAGGGAGGUGCCUAAGCAGAGAGGAUUCACGCAGGGCUUCUGGGUGAACAUUGCCCACGAGGUUUCCAUCAAGCAGACCAUUGCCAAGGGAAGGCCAGCCGAAACUUGGGCCGACGAUAUCAUCAAGACUACUACCUGCCAGGAGAUACUUGGCGCCUUCGUCCGAGCUCGGAAGGCUUACUUGCGAGAGAUGGCCAAGGAGGGCGAGGGUGGUGCUGAUGGUGAUGACGGCGGCGCUGGUAGCGGUUUCAGCGUCCUUGAGGACACAUACACGAAGAAGAUGGUUGGCUUGAUCCGGGCUGUCGACAGCUGGAUUGCUUUCAGCGAGGAGAACGUGGAGAAGCGUGAGGCUAAGGAGCUCGCGCUCGCCAUCGAUCGCUUCCAGAUGUGA